GUUGCUGCACGCAUCAUGGUUCAGACGUUAUAUCAGUGCACGUCAAGGCGUCGACCGUCCGUGAUCGUCAGCAUCGGCGGCGCCUGCUUCGGGUACACAUACCUGGAGGCCUCCUUCGUAGACGGUCCCCUGCGCGGCGGGCUCUUGAAGUCGUACGUGUAUACUAAAUGUUAGGCUAUGGGAAU